AUGCUCCCUACUGCAUCUACAUCAUCGACUGUUUUAUCAUCUGAUUUUGAAAUUCCUUAUAAUUCCAGUGUUCAUGUUGAGCUAGAGGCUUUAAUAUCUCAGAACGAAAGUGACAAGGAUGUUAAGCAGCACCGAUAUGCAUUUCAAACAAGGAGUCCUAUUGAUGUUCUGGAUGAUGGCUACCAGUGGAGAAAGUAUGGGAAAAAGAAUGUGAAAAACAAUAGUUUCCCAAGGUGUGCUCAUCGAGGGUGCAAUGUUAAGAAACAAAUCCAACGCCAUUCCCAAGAUGAGCAGAUCGUGGUCACAACCUACGAAGGGACACAUACACACCCUGUGGAUAAGUCAGUGGAAACCUUCGAUCAGAUCUUGGGAAACCUACUCAUAAGCAACCUACUCAGUAAUGUGCCGCCCCCGUUGGAAUAG